AGUUGCUUCUCGAGUUUGCUGGUAUCCUUAUUUCUGUGGACGGACGUUAAGGAGACAUGAGCUGAUAGCGAAAUUAACGAAGCAGGCGAGGCAUGGAAGCUGCGAAGGUGACUGUGAAAGCCGUGGCUCUGAUCGCCGGAGAUAACAGCAUCAGAGGAGCUCUUCAGUUUGUGCAACACCCCGAUGGAACUACUCAUGUAAAAGGGAGAAUCACUGGGUUGUCCCCUGGCCCUCACGGAUUCCAUAUUCACGCCCUCGGUGACACCACUAAUGGCUGCAAUUCCACUGGCCCUCAUUUCAAUCCCUUCAAGAAGGACCAUGGGGCGCGAACAGAUGAUGAGCGUCAUGCUGGAGAUUUGGGUAACAUUGUUGCAGGCAUGGAUGGGGUUGCUAAUGUUUCAAUCACAGACAGACAGAUACCACUAAGUGGGGUUCAUUCCAUACUUGGAAGGGCAGUUGUUGUGCAUGCUGAUCCUGACGAUCUUGGCAGAGAUCCUAUGCAGAAAAUGUGUUUAAACUAUACUCGCGAGGUUGUUACCUGAAGUGACUUCAGAAUGAAGUUGCGGAUAUCGAGAUAUGUCCAUUUUGCAGCUAUGAUAAUUGAAAUGAAUGUGGUAACUGCACAUAUUUGCACCUAAAAGGUCAAACAAAGCUUCAAAAUCACGCCUAGGAUGUGAUGAAGGCGAACGAGUGUAGGCCUUUUAAAAGCAAAGCCAAAAGUUGAAUUUUUAUCAAUAGUUGGAGUGUACAGUGCUUCUCUAGACAGUGACACUUGAUAUUCAAGUAAAAGCAUGGCAAUCAUUACUUGAUAUACGGUCAAGGGGAGCUGGAAAUUAAAUGGCCGUGUAGUUUAUUCUCUGGGAAGGCAUAUGUUGAUUGCCAUCUAGUGUGAAUCGAAUUCUUUUUCCCUGCGAAGAGCGAAUAUUUUGUGCAUGUAUUACUCGGGUUAAAAAUAAUCUACAUGCUCAAUUAUAUUUCAGCAUUUCAGGUUAAGACAGAAGUCCAAUUUACCAUGUGUUUUCCCUCAAAUUGACCUAUUAGUAUUUACUUUUCAUUAAGGUACAAGGUUGUGAAGCACAUUUGAUCAA